UCAAGAUGGCGGCGGCUGAGGGCCCCGGGAGCGACGGCGAGCUGUGGCAGACGCGGCUCCCUAACCACGCCGUGUUCCUGCGGCUCCGAGAGGGACUGAAGAACCAGAGCCCCGCCGAAGCGGAGAACUCGGCGUCGUCCCCGCCGCCCCCGCCGCCGCCGUCGCUGACGAGAAACCUCCUUUUCGGCCUCGGCGGAGAGAUCUUCCUGUGGGACGGGGAAGGCAGCGCCUUCCUAGUGGUUCGCCUUCGGAGCCUCAGCGGCGGCGGCGGCGACGAGCCCUCCCUCUCCCAGUAUCAGAGACUGCUUUGUAUAAAUCCACCGCUGUUUGAAAUCUAUCAAGUUUUAUUAAGUCCAACCCAACAUCAUGUAGCACUUAUAGGACUAAAAGGACUUACGGUAUUAGAAUUACCUAAAAGAUGGGGGAAGAAUUCUGAAUUUGAAGGUGGAAAAUCAACAGUGAAUUGUAGUACCACUCCGAUUGCUGAGAGAUUUUUCACCAGUUCUACCUCUCUGACUCUAAAGCAUGCUGCCUGGUAUCCAAGUGAAAUGCUGGAUCCCCACAUAGUGCUGUUAACAUCAGACAAUGUAAUAAGAAUUUAUUCUCUACGUGAACCUCACACACCUGCUAAGGUGAUCAUACUUUCAGAAGCAGAAGAAGAAAGUUUAAUACUCAAUAAAGGACGGGCGUAUACUGCAUCUUUGGGAGAGACAGCAGUUGCAUUUGACUUUGGUCCGUUGGCACCAGUUUCGAAAAAUCUAUUUGGACAGAAAGGCAAAGAUGAAGUCGUGGCAUACCCACUGUACAUCUUAUAUGAGAACGGGGAGACUUUCCUUAUGUAUGUUAGUCUGUUACACAGCCCCGGAAACAUUGGGAGGUUGUUAGGUCCGUUACCCAUGCAUCCUGCUGCUGAAGACAAUUAUGGUUAUGAUGCUUGCGCUAUACUCUGCCUGCCCUGCGUCCCCAAUAUCCUAGUGAUUGCUACUGAGUCGGGGAUGCUGUAUCACUCUGUUGUGCUAGAAGAGGAAGAAGAAGAUGACCAAACUUCAGACAAGUCCUGGGAUUCCAGAGCUGACCCCACCCCUUCUCUUUACGUGUUUGAAUGUGUUGAGUUGGAGCUUGCUCUGAAAUUGGCUUCUGGAGAGGACGAGCCCUUUGAGUCUGACUUUUCUUGUCCAAUCAAACUUCACAAAGAUUCCAGAUGUCCUUCAAGAUACCACUGUGCUCAUGAAGCUGGUGUACAUAGUGUGGGCCUAACCUGGAUUCAUAAACUGCACAGAUUUCUUGGAGCAGAUGAAGAAGAUAAGGAUAGUUUACAGGAACUUGGUACAGAACAGAAAUGCUUUGUGGAACAUAUCCUUUGUACAAAGCCAUUGCCAUGCAGGCAACCUGCUCCGAUUCGAGGAUUCUGGAUCGUCCCUGACAUUCUGGGGCCCACGAUGAUCUGCAUCACCAGUACCUAUGAAUGCCUCAUAAGACCUUUAUUAAGCACAGUCCAUCCAGCAUCUCCUCCCUUGCUCUGUACCCAAGACGAUGUUGAAGUGGCGGACUCUCCCCUCCGGAUUCUGGCUGAUACACCGGAUUCAUUUGAAAAGCAUAUUAGAAGCAUUUUACAACGCAGUGUGGCCAAUCCGGCAUUUUUGAAGUCGUCUGAAAAGGAUAUGGCUCCUCCUCCUGAAGAAUGUCUUCAGCUCAUUAGCAGAGCCACCCAGGUGUUCAGAGAACAGUACAUCCUUAAACAGGACCUGGCAAAGGAGGAGAUUCAGCGGAGAGUCAAAUUACUGUGUGACCAAAAAAAGAAACAGCUAGAAGAUCUCCGUUACUGCCGAGAGGAGAGAAAAAGUCUUCGGGAAAUGGCUGAGCGCCUUGCUGACAAAUAUGAGGAAGCUAAAGAGAAACAAGAAGAUAUCAUGAACAGGAUGAAACAAGUGCUGCACAGUUUUCACUCUCAGCUCCCAGUUCUUUCUGAUAGUGAGAGAGACAUGAAGAAAGAGUUACAGCUAAUACCUGAUCAACUUAGACAUUUGGGCAAUGCCAUCAAACAGGUCACUAUGAAAAAGGACUAUCAACAACGGAAGAUGGAAAAGAUUCUGAGUCCUCAAAAAGCCACCAUUUCUCUCAGUGCCUAUCAGCGAAAGUGCAUCCAGUCCAUCCUGAAGGAAGAGGGUGAACACAUACGGGAGAUGGUGAAGCAAAUCAAUGAUAUCCGAAAUCACGUAAACUUCUGAUACUCCCAUGAUGACAUAUGUUAACACAGCGAGAGGUGGAAUCUGCAUUGUAUGUAAAACAAACAUCUAAUUUAUAAAGCAGCAGCAGUUUGAGUGAAUGUUGGUGUGGUCACUCAUCUUUAUCAUUUGUUUUAUCACUUUUCUUUAUACUUGUUUUUAGUCAUUGAUGAAAUGUUUGGACUUAAGAAUUGGAAUGUGCUGUACAGUUCAAGGCUACAAUUAUACUCAAAGGUCUGCUUA